AUGGCAAACUCUUGGAUAAAUCGGACGCCGUCUGGGUUGCCUCUGUGCCCCACCUGCAACAAAGAGCUCGGCUUCUGCCCGCACUCGCCCACGCUCAGAGAGGGCGCCAGGGCGGGCGAUAAAGAAGAAACAGGUGCCGCACAUUCUGCUCACACUGGAAGCGGCGAAGCCGUGCCGGACACGGGCGCGGUACCACUCGCUCUAAGGAUAAACGAGGCAGGCCAGUCUCACGAAAGUGCCUCGCCCGAAGAGCGUCCGAAGCACGGGACGAAGAGGCGGCCUUCUACUGCGCUGCAGGGCAAAGGGAAGCAACGGAGGGUCUUGGUCCAAUCCAAGGGCACCCCGGCAUUAUCUGCACCGGACGAGGAAGACGGCGUGAGGAUCCGCCGCAAUCCUCCACGCAGCACAAGGACCAGAGAAGAAGAAUGCAAAACUCGCCCCAAGAAAAGAGCGAGUCUCGCUAGCAGUGGUGACGGUGGUGGUGGUAGUGGUGCUACGAACGAUGCCGCCGUGGAUGAGAAAACGCGUUUAUUGCGAUUCCCAGGGUUUGAAGCAAACGGCACCGGUCAGCAGUGCAUCAGCUGCUACGAGGUCGCUCCCAUCAUGGUCAAUUUCGCUUGUGAGGGUCGACGGGAACAGGAGGCCGAAAAAGCGCGAGCGGCUGCGGAACGGCAGCAGGGGUCUUCUCGUGAAAGUACGGGUGCCGGGGCUGAGGCGGUCAACACGGCGGUGGCGAGCCGGUUAGGGAUGGACGUGCCGCACGUCAUGUGCGUCGACUGCUUCUGCGUGUACGUCGAGAGCCGCGUCAGCGAGCGCAUGCUGGUGACAUCGCGGGACUUCGACGGCUACACGGUCGGCUGCCCCAUGGGCUGCGCCGACAGCUUUAUCGACCCUUCCUGCUUCGAGGAGGUCAUGGGCGCAGAGUUCAUGGUCAAGUACCGCCGCUUCGCGGCCAUCCACCUGGCGUCCCACCUGCGCGUCGUGUGGUGUCCGGGCUGCCACUGCGGUGUCGUUCCCUCGGCGGCGGCCGCCGCCGCCGCAGGAGCGAGAAGGUCAAGCGUGAACCCUUUGCCAAAUCUCCAACAGGAACAGAUGGGGGCGGCGCGCUCCGGGGUAAGCAGUCUGUGGGGCGUGUGGGGGGGCGGGAGAGGGGCGGCGAGGUCGGGAGCAGAACGACAGGAGGAGGAGGGGGGGGAUGGGACGGCGGCGCGACCCCGAGGGAGCUUUUGCAUCGGAUGUCCGGGCUGCCAGGCGUCUCUGUGUAUGCUGUGCAGGGAGCUGCACGCUCCCGGUGUUAGCUGCGCCGACGCUGCUGCUGGUGCCGCUGUUGCUGAGGAGAAGAACGACGAGGAGGGUGGGAGUUGCGGCGGUGGUGGGGGGGGGGAGGGGAGCGGGGCAGCAAGGAGAGCGUCCACCGGGUCGCAAAAAGACGAAGAAGAGCUAGACGAUUCACCGACCAAGAGGUGCCCGGGAUGCCACGUGCCCAUCUUCAAAGACGGUGGGUGCAACCACAUGAAAUGCUCCAGGUGCCACUUCGAGUUCUGUUGGCUGCACUUGACGGAGUGGGUCGAAGGGGGCGAGUGUCAGCGUGGGCACUGGUCGAGCAAUCCGGCCCUCAACCGCGCCUACAACGCGCAGAGGAUGGCGCGCGAGAGGCAAAGAUGCACGAUAUCGUGA